GCUUCUCAGUGCAGCAGCCAGCCGAAAGGUUCCCGUCCAGGAGCAGCGGACCCACUCCAUCAAUGAGUCCUUGGACAUCAUGUCCCAGGCUGGUUCGCGUCGCCUUCUGUUUGAAGAGCUCCGCGAGAUAAUGGGGCUCAUUGAGGAGCUGUGUCCGCAAGACACAGGCGAGGUGGCCCGACCCACCGUCAAGACCCUCGCAGAUGCAUUGCCUGGAGCAGCCACUCGCUUGCGGCCCUUUCAG